UUGUCUGAAAUUACCUUUACAAUGUUAAAAUUUAUUACCUCUAUAAAUAUUUUUUCUUGAUUUAGUUUGCGUAUUAACCUUGGUUGCUGUGGUUACGGUUUGAGUCCGGAAGUGGCCACGAGCAACAAGAACAUCUUUGGAAACAUGGCUGUGCAAAGCUGGCUUGAUAUUCUAAAAUCAUCCAAGAAAACAGCUAUGUUACACGAUGGAAAAAGGAAGAUCCACUACCUCUUUACAGAUGGAAAAGAAAUGGCUGAAGAGUAUGACUUGAAAACAGAUGAGCUCAUUGUCAGAAAAUGGAGACAUAAAAGCACGCUUGGAGCACAGGGCCAAUGGCAGGUAGAGGUUGGGGAGCCACUCGCGGGCCCUGUGACUUCUUUGGAUUCGGAGGUGAUCAAGGAGAACUGCUCCAAUCCUGUGUUCAUGCGUAAAGACACAAAGACCUGCUUUCAGUGGAGAAUCCGGAACCUUCCCUACCCCAAAGAUGUCUUCAGUGUUUCUGUGGAGCCAUCUGAGAGAUGCAUCAUCAUAAAAACCUCAAACAAAAAGUAUUAUAAGAAGUUCAGUGUUGUUGAUUUAGAUCGCAGUCAGCUGCCACUGGACAGCUCCGCCCUCAGCUUCACUCACGCCAACAACACUUUAGUUGUCAGUUACAAGAAACCCAAGGAGAUCUUAACCCUUGAACAAGAGCUACUGACGGAACUGAAGAAACUGAAGGGGACCAGUGAAGGCGACGUCGACUGCAAAACUCAGUGAAUUCUGAUUCUGCAAUGCAUUUAAAGCAGAACAUUUUCCAGUCACAUGUGAGCUCUCGUUUAUUUUUCUUUAGUAGAUCUUUCAAUAAGAAAGCCUUUGCACAGUGCCUUAUCAGUGGCCUAAUGCUUGUAAUUGCGUUUGCUAAUUCAGGUCCAUUUAUGAGAGUUGUUAGUGUUGAAAUUUUGUCCUUUGUGCAAAUACAUAUAUAUCUGGUAAAAUGUAUUGUUUCACAGUCUUACAACCAGAUUUACUGACUUUGUAACUGAAAUGUGACAGAAAAAUAGCUGAACAAUUGAUAUAAUGUCUAUAUAGGGAAAUUUAAAAUUGUAUCAACUCUGUGCCUAUUUUUGCAAACGUACUAGUGAGCAGUUUUGAUGGGGGUCACAUAACCUACCACCCUCCUUUCAUUGAUGUCCUUGUAAAACACUCAAAACACACAAUGCCUCAUCCCUGUUCGUUCCGGGGUCACUGUUACGGGCACAUCCCAUUUGUGUUAACUGAAUACCCUCAUGUUCCUUGCAUGUAGUGGGCCACCCUGAAAGCCAUUACUGAAACUCUGGUCAGCGAGCAAGCUAGUGUUACUGUUUCCCUUUACAACAGAGCGUCACUCUGACCCUUUGAUCUCCAGCUAAAACACCAUUGACACAUAUAAGAAGUAGGUGCAACUGUUGCAGGCAUUUGCUCCAAAUGGAUUUCAUAUUAUUAUCUAACAAGGACAAAUAGAAAGAUGGUAUCUCAAGCUUUUGGAUUUUUAAAGUCAAUGUAUAUAUGACAUGUACAGAAGAAACAGAAUUGUAUACCUCAAUCCAUGCUUCCAAACGGGACAUUUGUCUACUUUUUCACCUUAUAGUUCAAUUAGAUAAAAACACUGUCCUGUCAGAAAUACUUAGACAGUGGAUAAAAAAAGAACAGUGCUGUUUAAAAGAGACAAUGGCAU